AUGCUUGGCGCGAACAGUCUUGUUGGCAGGCGCAGGUCCUUCUACCUGUUCCUGGCUGUGGCCUCCACUCUGAUCUGUCUCAUCAACCUCAUAUUUCUGACCAGUGGCGUUGACCACACCACUAUCAUACAUGGCCUCUCAUUUUUUCGUCCCAAACAUAUUGAGGGUGCCUUUGCGCGCGACAACCACCCUAUCGUAAACCUGAUGAACGAGGCGAACAAGCGAUGGGACCAGUACGAGGCAAGCCGUUCUACAAAUUUCCGCGACACAGUCGCCAAAUACCGCGAGAGGUACGGCCGACAUCCACCACCAGGAUUUACCGAAUGGUACCAAUUCGCGCGGCAGAAUAAGGUGUACAAUAUCGACGACUUCCAGCAGAUUACUGAUGAUAUGCGACCGUUUUGGGCCAUCCCACCAGCAGAAAUCCGACAGAUGGCAGCUCGUCUCCAACAAGAACAGGGAAUCGCGGGCUUGCGCAUUCGGGACCACAAGAUUGUAUCGAAGUCGGAAGGAUGGCGCGUUGAGACUCUGGAAGCAUCCAUAAAUCGUAUGAUCAAGUAUUUACCGGACAUGGAUAUUGCGAUGAACACUAUGGAUCAGCCUCGCAUUAUGGCUACAUAUGAGGAUAUUCAAAAUUAUCUCAAUAUCGAGGAAAGCAGGCGGAUCAUGCCGAUAGAUGCUCAGGAUCAAUUCACGCUAGACAUGAAGUAUUUCUAUAAUGAGACUUCUAGUGUCAACGAUGAGCUGCGUCCUGAUUUCUUUUCAGUUGCUGGGAGGCCAUACAUGGAUUUUGCGAAAGAGGCUUGUUCGCCAGAAUCUCCUGCUCGCAACACAAAUAUGACAAUUGAGGAAGCGGAUAAGCUUUACAAGUCAUCUUUCGGCGGGUUCAUCUCGAACUUCACAGGCUCCACUGACCUCUGCACCGUCGGACCUGCUCUUGGAGAUCAGCAUGGUUUUCUCUUUUCCGCUUCUAGUAAUCUCAUCACUCGGAAGUUGAUUCCGGUGUUUAGUGAAUGCAAGGUCAGCGUGAACAACGACAUCCUGUUUCCAGCGAACAUGUACUUCUUGAAAGACGAGCGGUAUAUGUAUAAUUCGCACCACGACUACGAAUGGGAUAAGAAGACCGACUCUCUUCUUUGGCGGGGUGUCACCUCUGGCGGAACCCAAGUGGAGGACAAUUGGAGCCGUUUGCAUCGCCAACGUUUCGUGCGUCUGGCGAAUGCAACAGAGAUGAACCAGCAAACCGUCCCGAUUCUCUCCAAGAGCAGCAGUGAACAAUAUGAGCUUGUUCCUAAUUUCCAACCGUCCGAUUUCGCGUCAUCCUACUUCGAUGUUGGUUUCACGGAGGCAUGGGGCUGUAUCCCUAACUGCUCCUUUUACGACAGCGUCUGGACAUAUAAAAAGCCAAAGAAAUUUUCGGAGCAGUUCAAGUCGAAAUAUCUGGUAGAUAUUGAUGGCCACAGCUUCUCUGGUCGAUGGCGUGCCUUUCACCAAAGCAAGUCAUUAGGCAUCAAGGCGACCAUCUUUCGCGAGUGGCACGACUCCCGCCUAUUUGCCUGGCGGCACUUCAUCCCAAUGGACAAUAGAUUCACGGAUUUAUAUUCUCUCAUGACUUACUUCAUCGGUCUUCACCCGUCAGCGAUCGAGGAAGUAACAGAGGAAUCCUUCCCAAGUCCUGGACUUUUCGUUCCUCGCCAUGACUUCGAAGCCGAAGUGAUAGCCGGCCAGAGUCGCCAAUGGGCGGAACUCUCGCUUCGAAACCAGGAUUUGGACAUUUACUUGUACCUACUUCUACUAGAAUACGGUCGUAUCAUCGACGAUAAUCGUGACGUUAUCGGGUAUAGUGGAAAUGGAAGCGAGCUUGAUUCUUUUGAUGCAUCACACCAUUCCCCUCCAGCUUUACAGCCGCUGGUCGGAUGA